GUGAAGACGAGAAGAAGCUCAGAUGGGCAGGACUACCUGGACAUUCCUCUGUCAAAUGAUGCAUAUGAAAGCUGAUAUUCGCCCAACUCUAUCUAAGUAACCGACCCGAAAGGCUUUGGGAUUAUCGAAACCUAGAAUCACAGAAAAGGGCUGUCGCCGCCGCAGCAACAUAGACAAUGGAAGAAGAUAACCAAUCCCUGAUGGAGCUGCCGAAAGUCAAUCUAGAAGGUGUUCUUGCAAGGCUGCCCUUGCAGUCUCUUCUUGUUUGCUGCUGUGUUUCCAAGUCACUGUUGAAUCUCAUUGAGAAUGAUUUGGAUUUUGCGAAAGAGCACUUUGCAAUAUCAGAAUCCCAACUAAUGAUUCAUUCUCCUGAGACUACAAGUUUUCACUUGAUUGACUUGGAUGCUGAUGCGACUCCAGGCUUUGGUACUCGGGUUGAAAUUAAGCCAAAUUUUAACCUUCCACUACAUGGCUUUGAAGUUGCAGAUUCGUGUAAUGGAUUGGUUCUUUUGGAGAGUGUGGAUAUGGUUAAUGGAUCUCACCGUUGUAUUGUAUGCAAUCCGGUAACAGGUGAAUAUAUUAUGCUUCCUGAAACUAAACUUCUCUCUAGAUAUGCAACGUGUGCGUUAUUUUACUGUCCAAGAACAAAUCAAUUUAAGAUUUUGCGUGCUUUUCACCAAGUAUUUAGUCUGGAGGGUCAUGAUCUGGGUCCAGGUUUAGAUGCUUCCUUAGAUUCGGAUCCGGAUUUGGCUGUGGAAUUGGAUCCAUCUUCAGAUUCUGAUUUAGAUUCAGAUUCUGCUUCAGAAUUGAAUCUCUUUCCAGAUUAUGAUGGCAAUUUAGAUUCAGGUGCCAAUACUGAUGAUUCAUCUCUUUCUUCUGAUUCUGAUUCUGAUUCUGAUUCUAGUUCCAUAUAUUCUGAAAGUGAUACCAUGGGGGAGUUACUUGUAGGGGGUUCUGAUUCAUGGGAGUCCCUUGGCAACUUGCCUUUCUCUCCUCUUACUAUAUACUCUCCCUGCUACUUAGAUAAAGCUACUCAUUGGCUAUGUGUCGAAGAGAGUGUUCAAAAUCUCAUAGUUUUCUUCAAUUUUGAGAGCCAUCAAUUUGGGGAAAUUCCUGCCCCUGCCCACUUGGGGAAGACUUAUAUAAAUGCAUAUUGGUUGGUUGCCCUUGGUGGGUUUCUAUCAAUAUUUGAUAGUUUCACGACGAAAGAGAAGUUUGACAUAUGGGUAAUGAAAGAAUAUGGUUCCUGGACUAAAGACUAUGUGAUUGACACAACCGCGUGGGGUGCAUUCCACCGUGACCUUUUUUAUAAGCCUGCAAUGUGCCGAAGAAAUGGGGAGGUAGUGAUGAUCAGUGAAGAAGGAUAUAUAUUAUUCUAUGACUUGUCAAAGAAGAACGGUAGAAUCAUCAAGCAUCGACGAAUUGAUUUUCCAGAUAGAGCAGUGGUUCAUACUCCUAGCAUCAUGUCAUUGAGGGAUGCUAUGAGAGAUAGCAACAUGAGAGUGCUGAAUGUGGCAUCAAGGUUUGGUAGGCCAGAGUUAAACCCGCAUUCCUACCUGGAGUUCGCAGGAACUUUCUCGGAGUAGGCAAUUGUUACAACUUAGAAGAGUUCAUAACUCAUAUCUAUAGUGUUCGUUUAUAACAGAAUAUGGAUAGCAACUAGUAUGUUGUUGUUGUGUCUGUCUUGCAGCGUCUAGUGUCUGAAAUUGGUCAUUUAGAGUAGCAUGUUGGGUUUCGUUUGCAUUUUGUGGUUGAUGGUCUUCUUCUGUGGCAAGGAUGAUUCUUGUUUGCUGCUGUUGGUAGAUUUGUUUCUGAACCUUGGUCUUUUAUCAUUGUUGUUGUUUGUGGUCCAUCUGGUUCUGCGUUAUGGUCUCAUUAAGCCUUGUCGUCAUGCUACCUGACUGACUGACUACCUCUCAUUUGGUUGGCUGCAGGAAGAUUUGGAGGCCAUGAGGUCUGAUAGUUUUUUUAUCAGUUGUGUUUGUUCUUGUUGUAGUUAGAACCUUGAAUUGGUACUUGAUUUGUUGAAUAAUGUGUGAUUUUGGUCAAAAACUUUAUGGGGAUUUUGGAGGUCAUAGCCAAGGUCCCCUUUUUUAUUAUAUAUCUGUGGUUUUGGUUUCAUGAAAUGUACAUGAUUGUUUAGUCCCAUUCGAUGCCUAUUUCUUACAAGUUGUGUACCUGACUACCUGUAUAAAGAAGUGAGAACUGCUAAUAAGCACU